AUGGGUAACAACUCUAACGGAGCUGCGCCUACGCCGCCUGCACCGCCCAAAGCAGCUCCAGAUUUUCGUCCCACCAAAGAGAGAAUCAUGCGGCGUAUCCCACACGGCGCAAGACCGACCGCCAGAGCUUCACUGCAGAGGACCCUUUUACGAGUGGCGAGCCAGAACGACAGCAGUUCCUGGCUAAAGUUGCUAGCGUUUGCCCCUAACGCUCUUCGGCUUCCUGCUAAAACGAAAUCCGAGCGCGCUGUUUCCUUGGCAACAGCAGUGAAGAAAAAUCUGGAUCUUUUCGACCGCGACAUCGAGAUCCCUGCUUCACCACCCCCGCCACCCCUGAACCCCAAGAAGAAGCGGAACAGUCAGGAUGAUCUCGUUCGUCAAGUCGGUCUCAAAAUUGACGACGGAUCUGUCUCUGGCGCAAUGCGUGUUAUUUCGUCUACGGAUUCGGUCGCAGCUGUUAAUGCGGAUGUUCUCGAUGAGCUCAGGACGAAACACCCUAAAUGUACGCCCCCCAUUAUGGCUCCGCUCGACCCUGGAUCUGCAGCGCCACCUAUAUCUGCCGCAGACGUUUUUGCAGCAAUUCACAGCUUCCCACGAGGUUCUGCCGCUGGGCCAGACGGUCUGCGGCCGCAACAUCUUCUGGACAUUGUAGGCCCAAAAAUGGAUGUCCACAGCAGUCAAUUCUGUGAAGCUCUGGCAUCUGUGCUAAAUAUAGUUGUUAACGGGAAGAUACCGUCCGAUAUCCGUCCGACCUUUUUUGGGGGAAAACUGAUUGCCCUGCGCAAGAAAGACGGUGGCCUACGUCCCAUUGCGGUUGGAUUGACGCUGCGCCGUAUAGUUGCAAAAAUUGUGUGCACUAAAGUGGCCGACCGUGUAACCGCCACCCUCUGUCCACUGCAGCUAGGAUUCAACAUUCGUGGUGGAGCAGAGGCCAUUGUCCACGGAACCCGAAAAUUCGCCGAGUCUGAUCCUGAGACUGUAAAAGCUAUUUUGAAGAUAGAUUUUAGGAAUGCGUUUAACACAGUUUCCAGAGAAGCCGUGCUGAACGCCGCUCAUGCACAUUUCCCGGAAUACAGUGCAUUCCUACAGUCAGCAUACGGAUAUCAUUCGUCUCUGUUCCUGGACCAGUAUAAUUUGUCAUCUGAAUCCGGUGUACAGCAGGGAGAUCCAUUGGGACCAUUACUAUUUUGUCUAGUUCUGCACCUUUUAGUGAUCACUCUUACCACGGAGCUCAACGCAUGGUUUUUGGAUGACGGGACGUUAGGCGGUUCUCCUGCUAGUGUGCUGGCCAACUUUGAUCGGAUUAUUGCAGAGGCACACUCCAUCGGGCUGGAUGUCAACAUUGCCAAGUGUGAAUUAUUUGUCUGCGGAGGGACAGAAAGCAACCAACAGCAUGUGACUGCUGAGUUUAAUGCAUCCGGUUUCUUCCCCGAUCCGUAA